CUAUUGAACACAUUUGUUUUGACUUCCCACUGAACAACCUUGAGGUUGUGUUCCUCACUGACUUUUGUAGGUCAACUACUAAGAAGUUACUCAUGACGGAGGAUCAGGAUGACAAUGAAAAACCUAAGAAACCUACAACACACGAUGAGCGUGGUGCAGCAGAUCUAGAACGUGUUACUGAUUACUUUGAAGAGAAGGAGCUUAGUGUUGGCCUAGAUGCAGUCAAAGCCGUGUCAGAUACAGCUGGUGAUGCUGUUGCCGCUGACAAAGCUCAGAAACAAAAACAAAUGUUAAAGAUUAAAGUCAAAAAUGAAGACGUGUCACUCAUUGUAGGUCGUAUGUACUUCUACGUAUCUGCACUUUAUUUAUGUCUUAUUUCUAAAUGUUUACUGCAGAAUUCGUAGUAGUUUUUGACUGAUGUUUUCAAUGUCGAAAAUUAAAUUUAGCACACUUUUAGAAAGUUAACAUAUCACCGGUAAUCUUUACUAUUUUCAAGAAUACUAACUCAAGGCAAGUUCGAUUUUUUUUUAGCUAGAUCAGGACGGUAAUAAUCAUACCACACAAUCCUUAUUUUGGGGGAGAUUUUUGUGUUUUGUAAAAGCCGAAAUAAAAAUUUUUUGGUAAAAUUGCACAAAAACCCUAAAAUCGGGAGACUAUGCACAUACUCAUAUCACGAUUAUUUACAUUUCACCCUACUUUUUCCAUAUUACGUGGCUACCGUUGACUGUAUCAAAAGUACAUGUCAAUCAAAGCAUACACUGAAACUACCAGUUCUGAGUGUGUUUUUUAUGUACAGGUGCAAAUCUAAUGCAUUGCACUAAAAUUCUCGACGAACGGAGGAGCAUGGAUGCAAUGUAUAGAUGUGAGGCCUGCUCAAAGUACUAAUGAAUAAUACUCAACCUAACCCACACGGAAGUAUAUCUUCAUCCUUUAAUACACAUGCGGUUUGUCGAGAAACUUAUAAUCAGUGAUCUUUAAGUCAGACAUUUUCCUGUAGGAGUGGCCGUAAAUUGUGUCCAGCCACGCUGUCAAAAUGUUGAUUUAUUUAAAUAUUUUGCUCCUAAGCUUAAAUACGCAUCCUGCAUAGGGUGUUACUUGCUUAUCUGCAUCCAAGGUUAGUCCAAUAUUGAAUCAAAACCUAAGCUUAUGAGUUCUAAUUCUACAAACUUAUGUAUCAGAAUUGUGAUUAUCUAUGGUUAGGGAAGUCAUAUAUGGUCAACUGGUAUUAUGAUAACAAGAAAAGAGCAAACACUUCACAAGCUAAUGUGGAUCGAGUUUGAUAGGUUAAGGCUAAGCAAACGAGUGUCACAGAAUAUCGGCCGGAGCUACUCAAUGACUGUAAAUAUUGUAGUACUAACCCAGGAAAAGCUGCAGGUCGCAGUGUUUGCCAUUACGCUAGUGAGCGAAUCCUCCGUUAUCCUGACCAAUUUCGUUCCGUUUUAUUCCCUUAUUGCCCUACAGAUAUAAAUAUGUACAGCGAUGCUGUCUCCUGACUAAUUGAAUUUUCGUUUAUCUUCACCACUUUCCUGAUUGAACUAAACACGCAACACACUGGAUUCACCCGAACUGCUGUAUGCAACUUACAGACUCUCGUUAUAUACGUCCAAUAUAGAUUGCUCUUUGACACGACUGUAGUUGUUUUAACAUAGGUUUCAGUUAGUUGCUGUCAUCUCCGCAUCGUUAUCUAGAGCGUAACAAGUGUGUUGUCUUCCAGACUAAUAUGUACAUAAACUAAUGUUGGUCAGCGAGAAAGUUGAUACUAACCAGCGAAGCUAAUGAUUGUCUGUCUGACAUUUGCAGCAAGUAAUUGGUGGGUUUCUCAAUUGGUCUUUAGUCCAGAAACCAAUAACUGAUGGUCUCGAGGGAUGAGGCCUAAGGUGGACCACAAAGAUGCACUUUACCACCUACGUUUACUGUUCCCUUACAUCCUUGUUUAUUAUCGUUGUGUUUUGCAAGAUGCAGCGACUCACCUUAGUCUAAGCGAUUGUUUCGUGAAAUGAAACUGAUACGUCCUAAUAGGGAUACUUCUAAUGUCGUAGCAAUAACUAAACAGUAGGUUCCCAUGAAAUAGAUUUUUAUGCCCCUCGGAGUAAAUGUAUAAAUACAGCAAAAUAUUGCUUGAGAAUGGCUUGCUUUGACUGGCAACUCCUUUUAAGAUGUAAUUCUGUGUAUUUCGAUUGCACGUUAGAUCUUGUUUUUUCGUUUACAGUGUCAAGAACUCGAAAUCAGCAAAUUGAUGGCAGAACGAUAUCUAAAAGAACAUCAGGGGAACGUUUUUGAAACACUGGUUGCACUGUGCAAAUAGCCAUGAACAAAUACUUCUGAGUACCACAAUCAAGACCUAUUUCAAAGCAAUGGUUAAUACAUUUAAAAAUUUGAAUUUCUGUUAUGUACAUCAUAUUUGAGUAAAUGAGAAUGGUUUCUGUACAAUAAAUACAAGGAGUCAAUCAAAUAUC